AUGCCUCCGAUCCCCUCCCCUUCGGCGCUCCAGGCGCUCCGCUCCCUAACGCGCCUCACCAUCUCGACAAAACCCGUCAAUGGCAUCUCGUGUCCUCUUCCGGGCCUGUCCCGCCAAUUCCCGGCUCGCCGCUCAUUCACGACCUCUCCGUCCUCUUUCAUGACGCUGAACCAAGUACGAACACGACCGCGUCAACCGAAAAAGGCCCGCCACGCCGUCUCGCCGGCCCUGAGCACCGAAAAGCGACCGGAGAUGAAAGGCGUGUGUUUGAAAGUCGGUAUCACCAAGCCCAAGAAACCGAAUUCAGGACAGCGGAAGACGGCAAAAGUUAGACUGUCUAGCGGCAAGAUUGUUAGCGCCUAUAUCCCUGGCGAGGGACAUAAUGUGCAGCAGCACAGUGUGGUGCUGGUCAGAGGUGGAAGGAGUCAGGAUUGUCCUGGUGUGCGGUACCAUCUUGUAAGAGGGGCGUUUGAUUUGGGCGGUGUACCAAACCGAGCGACCAGCCGGUCGAAAUAUGGCACGAAGAAGCCAAAGACCGAUUAA